AUGGUGCAGAACGGUCAUUUCUUACGUACAACAAACGAGACCAGAAAAAAACGUAUUUGGACGUGUAAAAAAUGCAAAGAAGCCUUCGAGACGUGCCGGCUGCUUCGGGUGCAUAGGAAAGUUCACAGGAAAGAAAAAAUCGACGACACCCAAUACAACUAUUACUUCGACAAGAACAGGAAUAUUUACACUUGUAGCACUUGUGACGCCGAAUUUUCGUCAAAAGAAGAAGUAGAGAAACACGUGGUCAGUCACAAGGAAUGUUACACGUGUAUGACAUGCGACUUGAGCUUCGAUGAGCCGUACAAAUACGCAAUUCAUAUGCAUAUUCACAGUGACGAUCGCAUGUUUCGUUGUCCUUUGUGCAACUCGUACAAAACAUCGAAAAGAACGGUUCUGAUGACUCAUAUAAACACUUACCAUCUCCGUAGGUUCAUCUACAAAUGUAAAACCUGCGGCAAAGGUUUCAACGAUUGCGUCCUGUUCAAAGAACACAGCAAUAUUCACGCGGGGGUGAAACCGUUCCGUUGCAUCGUUUGUGGUAAAGAUUUCCCGUUUUCCAUCUAUCUUCACACGCACCAAGUGAGAAACCACAAGGUUUCCAUUGAAGGAGUCAUAGCGACCAAUCAAUGUUGCGUAUGUCGAAGGCGAUACGCCAACUCUAGAACCUUGGAGAAGCACAUGAAAAAGCACGAAACCGUAGAGAAAAAGAGCCCCGAAAAGAAACACUUGUGUGACAUUUGCGGAAAGGGUUUUGCUAGAAAAGAUAAACUUAAAAUCCACUAUCGGACCCACACGGGAAUUAAACCGUACGCUUGUUCGUAUUGUCCGAAAAGAUUUAUCAAACGGGAUUAUUUGGUCAUGCACGAGAGGGUUCACAGCGGCGAAAAACCGUAUUCGUGCGAAUACUGUGGAAAGUGUUUCAAUCAAGGAGCACCACUCAGGGUUCAUAUACGAACACACACGGGGGAAAAACCUUAUGUGUGUCAUAUUUGUUCAGCGGCUUUCACAUCAAACGGAGCGUUGAAAUUGCACUUGAAAAGCUGCCCAGGAAUGAAAUAA